AUGAUCAUUCGCCUCUUUCUGCUGCUGCUGCUGCCUCGGGCCCUCGGCAGGACCCGGAGCCCCAUGUGCUUGAUGAAGAAACUCUUCCCGACUCACCCAGAUUAUUAUCGGCAGGGAGACCACGUCAUUGGUGGGAUCCUCUCUCAGGUUAUCUCCAUGCUAGACCUGGAGACCUUCCGGCAGCCGCCCCUGCCUUGGUACAUUAAGUACUUCAUGCUGGUGCCCAAGAACUACCAGCACGUCUUGGCCCUGGUGUUUGCCAUCGAUCAGAUCAACCGGGACCCCGCGCUGCUCCCCAACAUCACCCUGGGGUUCCGCAUCUACGAGAGCUUUUUCAGCCCCCGGAAGACCUACGAGAGCGCCUUCACCCUGCUCUCCACCCGAGCCAUCAUGAUCCCCAAUUACAAGUGCGACAGGAAGGACCAGUUGGCAGCUGUCAUCGGGGGGCUCGGGGCUGAAACAUCCCUCCAGAUGGCAACUGUCUUGGGCCUCUACAAGAUCCCGCAGAUCAGCUAUGGCUCAUUCCACACCAUGCUCAACGAUAAACUGCAGUUCCCUUCUGUCUAUCAGAUGGUCCCAAAUGAGACCCUCCAGUCUCUGGGCCUGGUCCGGUUACUGCAGCAUUUCCGAUGGACCUGGAUUGGCCUCAUCACUUCGGACGAUGACAGUGGAGAAAAGUUUGGGCAGGCGCUGAAGCGAAUGCUCACUAGGAACAGCAUCUGUGUGGCCUUCACUGAACGGGCCCCGCUUGUGCCUUCCUCUUCCAUGGACUAUGCGUUUCGGGAGCUCCAUUUCAAGCUCCAUGCCACUAUCUCCCAGACAACAGCGGAGGUGAUUGUUGUCUAUGGCGACAUGGACUCCCUGCUAGGCUUGAAAAUGUUUUUACAUGCGAGCUCCCAGGCAGCCCUGACGCCGAUAGGGAAGGUUUGGAUCACAACGGCUCAGUGGGACUUCACAUCGUCUAUCGCACUCAAUCAGUGGACUCUAAAACCCUUCCACGGUGCCUUGUCCUUCACGGUCCACACAGAGGAGGUGCCGGGGUUCCUAGGGUUCCUCCAGGCCCUCAACCCUUACCAGCCCCGAGGAGAUAUUUUCAUCCAGCGGUUUUGGCACAGUGUCUUCAAUUGCUCCAUUCUCAACACCAGCUUGACGAUCAAGGGGGGGAGAAAUUGCUCGGGGAAGGAAGAACUGGCAGGCCUGCCGGGCUCUGACUUUGAAAUGAAAAUGUCCAGCCAGAGCUACAACAUCUACAAGGGUGUCUAUGCUGUGGCGCAUGCGCUGCAUGCCCUGUACUCAUCCAAAGCCAAAAAGGAAGCCACAGGCAAAGGACCUCAGUGGGAGCUUCAAAACAUCCAGCCAUGGGAGCUCCAUCCUUUUCUGAAAAACGUCCGAUUUAACAACAGUGCCGGGGACGACGUGUAUUUCGAUGAGAACGGGGAAUCAUCAUCCGGAUACGACAUUUUAAACUGGAUCAUUUUCCCCAAUGAGUCCUUCGUCAGGGUCAAAGUGGGCCACGUGGAUCCCAGGGCACCCUUAGGCCAAGAAUUCACCAUUAACGAGGCGGCCAUUGUUUGGAACAGCAAAUUCAAUCAGACAGUGCCCCGGUCCACGUGCACCGAGAGCUGCCGUCCUGGGUUCGUUAAGACAAUUCGGGAGGGGGAGCCGCUUUGUUGCUACGACUGUGUGCCAUGCCCAGAAGGGACCAUUUCCAGCCAGGCAGAUGCGGCUCAUUGUGACCAGUGCCCGGAAGACCAGUAUCCAAAUCGGGACCAAGAUACCUGCCUCCCCAAGACUGUGGUUUUCCUUGCCUACGGAGAGCCUUUGGGCUGUGCUUUUGCUUCCUUUGCUCUUUUGUUCUCUCUCCUCACAGCCUGGGUGCUGGGAAUCUGCAUUAAGCACCGGGAGACGCCCAUCGUGAGGGCCAACAACCGGGAGCUCACCUUCCUUCUUCUCCUCUCCCUCCUGCUUUGCUUCCUCUGCAGUUUGGUGUUCAUUGGCCGGCCUGGGCGGGUGACCUGCCUUCUCCGACAAACGGCUUUUGGGAUCAUCUUCUCCAUCUCCGUUUCCUCCGUCCUGGCCAAAACCGUCCUUGUGGUUCUGGCCUUCAGGGCCACGACGCCCGGGGCCCGCACAAGGAAGUCCGUGGUCACUUCCUGUUCCCUUAUCCAAGUGGGGAUCUGCUCUGGCUGGCUGGGAACCGCUCCCCCAUUCCCUGACUUGGACCUGACCUCCGAGGCCGGGCACAUCGUGGUGCGGUGUAACGAGGGGUCCAACGCCGCCUUUUACUGCGUCCUCGGCUACUUGGGACUCCUGGCCCUUGUCAGCUUCACAGCUGCUUUCCUAGCCAGGAAACUGCCUGAUGCCUUCAACGAGGCCAAGUGCAUCACCUUCAGCAUGCUGGUGUUCUGCAGCGCCUGGGUGGCCUUCAUCCCCACCUACCUCAGCACGACGGGGAAGUACAUGGUGGCCGUGGAGAUCUUCUCCAUCUUGGCCUCCAGCGCUGGGCUGCUGGGCUGCAUCUUCCUCCCCAAGUGCUACAUCAUCGUGCUGCGGCCGGAGCUGAACACCCGCGAGCAGCUGGUUAGGAAGCCCAAAUCUGGGAGCCUGAAUUAUGAAGUUUCCUCCUUUUGA